ACUAAUGACAGCUCUGAACAGUUGGAUGACGCUCAGAUUUGCGUCGUGAUGGUCGGUCUCCCUGCCCGCGGAAAGUCGCUCAUUGCGCAGAAGAUUGUCCGUUACCUCAAGUGGCUUUCGAUCAAUGCCAAGUCCUUCAACGUCGGAUCGUACCGCCGUGCCGACACUCCUCAACCAACUGCUGAAUUCUUUAGUAUGGGAAACACGCAGGGAGAGAGGUUGAGACGUGCCGCAGCGGAGGCCGCAGUCUCGGACAUGCUCAAGUGGUUCGGCGAAGGUGGAGGCCACGUCGGUGUCCUGGACGCCACGAACUCGACCAAGGCCCGUCGCGCUUGGAUCAAGCAGCAGUGCGAGUCCAAGGGCUACGAGUGCCUGUUCGUCGAGAGUCGCUGCGACGACGAAGACCUCGUCCUGAGCAACGUGCUUUCUGUCAAGACUUCCUCUCCCGACUAUGUCGGACAGGACCCCGAGGAUGCUGUGCGCGACUUCAUGGAGCGCAUCCGCAACUACGAGAAGGUGUACCAGUCUAUUGACAACGACGAGGAGCUUACCUACGUCAAGCUCAUCAACGUCGGAUCACAGGUGACGAUCAAUGCGGUUGCCAACUACCUCCAGACUCGCAUCAUUUACUUCACCAUGAACCUCCACAUUACGCCGAGGUCCAUCUGGUUGUCGAGGCACGGAGAGUCGGAGUUCAACGUCCAAGGCAAGAUUGGCGGUGACGCGAACUUGUCGGAGCGUGGCUACGCCUACGCUCGUGCCCUUCCAGAGCUCGUCGCCAAGAGCGUCGGCUCCAACAAGGUCACGUGCUGGACGUCGACCAUGAAGCGUACAAUCCAGACGGCGGCCCACCUCGAGUAUCCAAAGAAGGAGUGGAAAGCGUUGGACGAGCUCGAUGCCGGCGUCUGCGACGGAUUGACGUACGAAGAAAUCGAGCAGCGUUACCCCGAAGACUUCCGCGCCCGUGAUGAUGACAAGUACAACUACCGUUACCACGGUGGUGAGUCGUACCGUGACGUCGUCAUCCGCCUCGAACCCAUUAUUAUGGAAAUGGAGAGGGGCGAGAACAUCAUGGUGGUCACCCACCAGGCCGUUCUCCGGUGCAUCUAUGCGUACUUCAUGAACGUCCCGCAGGAUCAGUCGCCGUGGAUGGAGAUCCCUCUCCAUACCAUGAUCAAGCUCACUCCUCGUGCUUACGGUACGCAGGAGGAACGCUUCAGGGCCGAGAUCCCCGCCGUGUCGACGUUCAGGGCCAAGUACGCGUCCUCGCAGAUGGGCGCCACUACGACCGUCGACGAGGCUGCCUUUGUCCCCGCUCCUGCCCUCCAGACGGUGCACGAGUCCGCUCUCCUCCCGGAGGGCUACAAGGCCAACGGACUCGCCGAGUCGAUCGCUGCUAAUGGCAGUGCCGUCAUGGGCGAGUGAAUUGGUGGUAGGAUUCCCCGACAAUUCAGGGUAGUGCUUUACUAGUUAGGCGUUUACUUUGAUGUCAACGAGGGGUUUUACUUGUUGUACUGCUCGUUUCGAGGGCUUUUUUUUUCUUUCUGUUUCUUUUUUCUGUUCUUUUUUUCUUGACGGUCGGACUACGACAACUUGAGAACGGUACUGUAUGAUUACGAGGGAUGGUUUUCUUUCUUUCUUUCUUUCUUGUCUUUCUUUUUUCUUUCCUUUUUAUCAAUUGCUGGUUUGCUGGCUGGAUGGCCGGGGGUAUGUAGAUGCGAGGGGGCUGCGGGCGGAGGGGCGUUCGGGAGUUCCUUUUAGGUCGGGAGAAUAUAUAUGAAAGUGAUUCGUUACGAUUUA